AUGUGUUGGUGUCAUCCCUCUGUAGUGACGGGGAUUCCCAGUUUGCCUACCAUGAAAAUCCUUUGCUUUCUCUUUGCCCUCCUCUUCGUGGUAUUUCACGGAGCUGCAGGCUUUAAUCCAACACUAGUAAUUCCUUUGCGAUGUGGAUAUCGUGGGACUUUCUGCUACGCUGGGAAAUGCCCUCAUGGCAAUCCUUACCUGGGAAAGUGCGGUUCUAGGUAUUCUUGCUGUAGAUGGUAA